GCAAACUCUAUUCGAAUGAAAACUAAAAAGAAAGAAAGAAAGCACACGAACUGAGAAAGGGACACGGCAUCCAUUGCAGAACUGUGUCCUUUUUAAACAGCUUCGAGUGAUGAGCCCAUUCCUCAACUAUCCGUGAUUAGAGUUAAACCAGUCCACCUGAACAUGAGAUUCUGAUUGUGAUUGAAAACCAUAAACCAGUCUCUUCAACCAGAUUGAUAGUCUAGUAGAGAAUCUGUGACUGAUUUGAUGAGAGUGACAUUGAAACCUAGGGUUUUGCUUGAAGGGUUCUCUGAAUAAGAGAAGGGCCCUUUGGUUAUUGAGAGAGAUAGAGUGAGUGGAAAAUGAAGGAGAUAAUAGGAGGGCCGGGGACAGUGAGUGGGUUAUUACUGAGAAUAGGACAAUGCGUUUUUGCUGCAGCUUCAAUUUCAAUCAUGACCUCUGCCAUUGGCUUCUCUUCCUACACUUCUUUCUGCUAUUUGAUUGCAUCAAUGGGGCUUCAACUUUUGUGGAGCUUUGGACUUGCAUGUCUUGACAUUUAUGCUUUGAGGAGAAAGAAAGACCUCCAAAAUCCUGUCUUAGUGAGCCUGUUCGUUGUAGGUGAUUGGGCUAAGUUAAAGAGGGGCUUGAAGAUUUGCUGUCCAAGCACAGACAUAGCUAAGCUAUUGCUAUUUAUUUUGUUUAGGAGCAUGGUAACAGCUAUGCUAUCACUUGCAGCUGCAUGCUCAUCAGCAGGUGUUGUUGUUCUUUAUGCUAGGGACAUGAACUUUUGCAAGAUCCAUCCAGAUCUUCCAUGUAGCAGGUACGAGAUUUCCAUACUCUUGGCGUUCAUCACCUGGCUUCAAGUCAGUAUAUCAUCUCAUGUGAUGUUCUGGAUCCUAGCCUCGGUGUAGUUGAUACGUGUGUUUGUUUCCAAGAGUUGCAGAGUACACAAAUGAUAAACGUAAAUGCAAAAGAGUUAUCAUGAAAGAAGGAUCACACAUAGUCGGAAAGAAUGCUCUUUUUUCUUUGAGUUAGGCCAAUUGUCAUUGUUACUGGCAUACAAGAGCGAAAUGAAAUUGUUGGGAAAAAAAAAUCUCAUUAAGAUAGAAAACAGUGCUGUGAAGUACGGAUGAACCGUAGAUGAAGAAAGACCCCUGCCUGCCACAAAGCACUGACUGUCUGUUAUAGGUAACUGAUGGACAAUAGGCUGUCGAGGGCAGAUUCUAUAAAUUAAGGACUGUUCAUGAGGGACAAAGCAAUGCUUCGUUUCUCUUAUUGAUUAGUGUCCUGUUUGUAAUCUUUGUUUCAGUAGUAUAUUUGCUUUAGAUCAUGGCCAAGGCCUCUUGUAAUGGACUUUGUAUUGAGAUUUGCCCUUUUAAGUUCCUUUGAUGAAUGA